AUGUCCGAGUUUACAGAAAAGAACAGACAGGUCUGGGAAAGCUAUUCCAAGACAUACAAAACCCGGUUCGAAAAGGGCACAAAGUUGUUAUACCGCUUGACUCAGGAAAGGCGCCUUUGGUGUAGUGACGUUUGGACUGAUACCGAAGCCGGGCAAGGCAAAGAGAUCAAGGUGUUGGAAUAUGCAUGUGGGCCUGGCGUUGUAUCUACGGCAUUGGCGCCAUUCGCCACCAAAGUCGUCGGCAUCGACGUCGCGGACGGCAUGGUCGACGAGUACAACGCUAGCGCUCGUGAGGGCGGUUUUGAAGACAAAAUGAUCGGCCAUAAGGGUGACCUCCUGGCCGAGCCAAUGCCAGAGGAAUUCUCAGGGCCAGAGUAUUCCGAUUUCGAUGUUGCAUUUGUCAGCAUGGCCCUUCACCAUUUCGAAAAGCCGGAUCUGGCCAUGAAGCGCCUCGGGGAACGACUGAAGAAGGGUGGUGUGUGUCUGAUCAUCGACGUACUUCCACACGGCAAGCAUGACCAUAACGCCCAUGAAAUGCACAACUCCAACCAUGAAGCCGCACACACGAUCAAGACUCAUGGUUUCACCUUGGAGGAUAUGCGCAAGCUGUAUGAAACUGCUGGGCUUGGAAUGGGGUUCGAUUAUCAAGUCAUUGAAGAGCCACUGGUGUUUGAGAGAGAUGACAAGACAUUCUCCAAGACCAUCUUCAUUGCCCGGGGCCAGCGUCAAGAGACCAUGCAGAAGUGCCGGGCCGUCAAUUCCGCCUUGGGCUCGAGGGCAUUUGCCCCCGCCCCCAAGGUCCAACAAGUGCAGCGCCGGAAUCUCCAAGAUGUCGCGGUUACUAGAACCGGAAAGCCGAUCCUGAAGGUCCAGGGUGGACGGUCGUCUCUUGGAGGUCACACCGCUACCGUCUUCGGUGCUACUGGUUUCCUCGGUCGUUACAUUGUCAACAGGCUCGCUUCGCAGGGAUGCACGGUCGUUGUUCCCUACCGUGAGGAGAUGACCAAGAGACAUCUGAAGGAAUAUGACCUGCGCAACACCCAGUCGAUCGAGGAGAGUGUCCGUCAUUCCGAUGUUGUCUACAACCUUGUCGGUCGCCAGUAUCCUACUAAGAACUUUUCCUAUACCGACGUGCACGUCGACGGCAUAGAGCGUAUCGUUGAGGCUGCCGCCAAGUAUGAUGUUGACCGAUACAUUCACGUCUCUUCCUACAACGCCAGCAGAGACUCUCCUUCCGAAUUCUUCGCCACUAAGGCCUGGGGAGAGGAAAUUGCUCGUUCCAUUUACCCCGAGACCACCAUUGUCCGCCCUGCGCCUAUGUUCGGUUUCGAGGAUAACCUUCUCCACAAGCUUGCUAAGGUCACCAACCUCCUUACCUCCAACCACAUGCAGGAGCGCUACUGGCCCGUUCACGCCCCCGAUGUUGGCAAUGCUCUGGAGCGUAUGCUUCACGAUGACUCCACUGCUGGCCAGACUUUCGAACUUUACGGCCCCAAGAACUACUCUACUGCCGAGAUUGCCGAGCUGGUUGACCGUGAAAUCGUCAAGCACCGCCGUCACAUCAACGUUCCUAAGCCGAUCCUGAAGCCUGUGGCUCACUACCUGAACAAGCUGCUCUGGUGGCCCAUUAUCUCGCCUGACGAGGUUGAGCGGGAGUUCAUUGACCAGGUGAUCGACCCCAAUGCUAAGACCUUCAAGGACUUGGGCAUUGAGCCUGUUGACCUGGCUACCCUUACUUUCCACUACCUGCUGGGAUACCGUAGCGCCUCGUACUACGACCUGCCACCGGCCACGGAGCGGGAGAGACAGGAGGAGAAGAAGUAUUUGCACGUCUUGGACGACCAGUAGUCUGUGUUUCUUUACUGUACAUAAGCUAGACAUCCAUUUCU